AUGACAGCGCGCCGACAAUAUGUCGAAAUCGACACUGAGGAAGAUAUGGAUGAAGACGCCGAUGAGGAAGAUGCUAUGGAACCAUCAAGGACAUCCACCGCCGCCGUUGCUGCCUUGCCGAUCACCUCCGGUCCUGAUUUAAUGGAGGAUGAGUUCGCCAAUCCUAUGGCGGUAGUGUGGGCUCCCCGCUGCGGGCAAUGCGUCGCACGGGACCUCAUUUGCCGCCAGGGGUACCACAAGGACCACAGCGGAAAAUUACGCAUCUGCGCCCUUUGCAGCCGCUUGAAGAUUAGAUGCGGAGGCAAAGGGUCUGAUGCGCCCAGAAUGAAGCAAAAGUCGGUCACAGCGCGGCGAGUGCGCUCUCAAUAUCGGCGCCGUCGCUCGCCGGUAGCAGAUCCUCCAGUGCAUGCUCCGGCCGUUAGCGAAGUGGAGGAGGAGCAGCCGCCGAUGGCGCAGUCCCAGGAUCGGGCUGAGCCAGCACUCGCCAGUACCUCCAAUUCGGAGUUGCAGGACCUCCGGGAUGAAGUUGCCGGCCUUCGGGCGACCGUUGAGGCCUUGCUGUUGCAGCCAGACCUCCGGGAUGAAGUUGCCGGCCUUCGGGCGACCGUUGAGGCCUUGCUGUUGCAAAGCCUCAACGGUGACCGGCGACUUCGGGAGAGAGAGGCAGCACAAGACGAACGUGCCAAGCUGCUGGCGGAUGAGCUUGAAGGUCUUCGCCGACUCGUCCUUUCGGUAACCGCUCAGUCAACCGCCGAGACCCCUCCCACCAAUGCGCAUCCGGGUGUGCAAUCCCCAUCGGCGGCCACCGCACAGCCGACUCCUGCCACGGAGAUUCAGCCGAGCGCCGCACCCUCGUCGGUGCCAUCCGAUGACACUUCUGUCCAGCCGGCCGCGCAACCUGAGGGUACCUCAACUGAGGCCCCUCUUCCACUCCCCAAUCUCCCGGCCACUCCUCAAGCUGAGGUUGAUUGCUUGCCGGUGGUGAUGAAGCCUGAUCGGGAUGCGGACUAA